AUGGGAAGUCUAGACGAUUUCUGGACUGUAAUGCAAUCUGUGUACGAUUCACAAACUAUGGAUUUGGAGAAACUGAGUGUGAAAGACUUGAUGAAUCCUUGGAUACAAGAAAAACAAUAUCCUAUUCUUAAUGUAACGGAAAUCUUUGAUACCGAAUGGACGAAAAUUGUUCUAGAAACUAUUUCCAAAAACUGGACGGUACCAUUAACAAAUCAAGUGUACAUAAAUUUAAAACGAAUUUUAUCCAAAAUUUGUUCUCUAGCCCGAGAACAAAAGCACUUUCUUGCAAAAUGUUGCAACAAUUCUGAACACAAUCAGUUUAUAAUAAUCAAUCGGCAACAAACAGGAUAUUACCGUGUAUUUUAUAACAGAGAAAGUUGGUUAAGAAUCAUAGAUUAUCUUAAUUCCGAAAAUUAUACAAAUAUUAAUGUUUUAAAUCGUGCUCAACUCAUCGACGACACGUUCCAUUUAACAAUAUCAGGCGAAUUAAAUUCUUCUGUAUUUUGGGAAGUCAUAAACUACUUAAAAUGGGAAACGGAUUAUAUAGCAUGGUAUCCUAUGUUCAAAGUUAUUGAGCAUGAGUCACACACCCUACUGUUUCCUAAUGUCAAUACUACUACUUUCAAGAUGAGACUACGAAAGCUACUGAUUCCGCUUCUUGUAAACAUUGGAUACGAAGAAAAACCUAACGACGACAAUCUUCUUAAAUGUUUAAGGCAAGAAGCUUUAAGAUGGGCUUGUGUUCUCGGUGAUAGCGAAUGCAAAAAAUAUGCAGAAUAUAAAUUGCAAGGGCAUUUGUCAAAUCCGACGUAA